UGCGUUAAAUAAAAAGAACACGGUCCGAAAGAAAGACGAACCAUCGCAAACUGAUAACAUUCAUUUAUCUUUCGUUCUUCUUUCAACGGUGAAUGACUAAAAGAAAACAGUGUCUGUGCAUACUUUUGCACAUGUGAAUCGAUUGUUGGCUUGCAACGAUUUCAGUCAAUAUUUGUUCAAGAUCGUGAAUACAAAAAGAAAUUUAGUGUUUCGAGUGAUAUCAUUGAGAGUACGAAAAAAUAGUGUGUUUUACACGAAUUUUGAGUUUUUAUUUUUAAAUAAAAUAAUCAUGAUUGAAUUUAGUGCUAUUUUAUAUUCAUUCACUGUGAUAUUAGUAUUAAUUUGUGUAAUGCACAAUGGUAAUGCAUUCAAUUUAUCGCCGAAACCAAAUAUUGUUUUUCGUGAGCCAAAGGCGUCGGGCGUCGGAAUGCCAAAAAUGCGAAGCUCAUAUUUUGGAUUUUCAUUGAAUCUUAAGCAAAACAGUGUUCUGGUUGGAGCUCCGCGAGCUCAAUCAACAAUCGAGGUUCAACGAAAAAUCAAUGAGACUGGUGCAAUUUACAAAUGCACAUUCGAUAAAUCAGCCAGUUGUGCCCCAUUCAUUUUUGAUCGUUGGGGAAACGUUCAUGAGGACUACAACCAAUACGCGUACAACAAUGAAAAGAAAGAUUAUCAAUGGCUGGGCGCGUCUAUGGAUUCCGGUGCCAGUGAUACCGAUAAAUUUGUGGUAUGCGCUCCGCGUCUCAUUUCCGAUGUAACAAAUCACUAUGAAACGUAUCAUUAUCUAAUGCAUGGAAUAUGCUAUUUUAUAACAAAUACAUCGUCUGCACGACCGUCAAAUGUACAAAAAAUUGCACCACUUCGUUUUAAAGAUAAGCAGCACAGUGUCAUUGAGCAGGAACGUUACUUUUACUAUAUGUAUGGUGAACAAGGAAUGAGUGUUCAUGUCACCGAAAACAAUGAAGAAAUUCUAAUUGGAGCGCCGGGCAUUUUUACAUGGAAAGGUUCGGUGAUUCGACACAAAGCAAAACCAUUAGUUGAUUUGGGCGGUUUGAGCCGAAGAAAUGAAGACGGUGUGUCAGUUGCUCGACAAAGAUCACCAAGCGAUUUGAUUGAGUAUCAUAGCGACAUCCCAAACCCCAUGCUAUGGCGGCAAGAUGAUAACUCGUAUUUUGGUUUUGCCGUGUCAUCGGGCUAUUUCGAUGGAAUCGGAAAGACAAAGUUACUUUAUUUGGCCAGUGCCCCACAAGCAAACCAACAAGAAGGAGCCGUUUAUAUUUUUGACAUUAUUGAUCAUUAUUCAGCAUUAGACAAAACCAUAAAAAUCUAUCACACAUUUUCGGGUCAACAAUUUGGUGAAUAUUUUGGAUACAGUCUUCUCACCGAAGAUUUCGAUAAUGAUGGUCUUACUGAUGUUGCCAUCGGGGCACCAUACAAUUCCAAAAUUGGAUAUCGUGAAAAUGGUGCGGUUUAUAUCUAUAGAAAUGAAGGAACCUCAUCGAAUUUUGCACUACAUGCCAUUUUGCGCACGGAAUAUGAAUCUGAUGGAAGAUUUGGUACGACUAUGUCAAAAGUUGGCGAUGUAAACCAAGAUGGAUACAAUGAUUUAGUUGUUGCUGCACCAUUCGAAGAAGAUGGCGUUGUUUAUAUUUACCAUGGUAGUUCAAAUGGUUUAUCAACCAAAUACAGUCAGAGAAUAGCUUCUCCAAGUAGCAAUGGUGGUUUGGCGCCAAAUCAUAUGUUCGGACAUGGUGUGUCAAAAGGAGCUGAUAUCGAUGGAAAUCAGUAUUUGGAUUUGGCAGUUGGUGCACCAAACGCUGAAGCCGUUUAUAUUUACAAAUCUUAUCCUGUAAUUCGAAUCAAUGCGACAAUUACGCCAUUCAGUCAAGAGAUUCAAACCACCGACAAAUCAUUCAAAUUCAACGUGUGCUGGCUAUACGAAUCAACAUUCCCCAUUAAUUUCGAUGUACAUUUCAAUGCCACGAUUAAACUUGAUGGUCAAUUGGGUCGUGCAGUUUUUUCCGAUCGCAAAAAUGAAUUCGACAUCGUAGGCGUAAUAACGCCAAGCGAGCAAUGCACUUUACUUGAAGCUUUCGUUACAUUUUCCAUUGCUGAAAUAUUUCGACCGAUUGAAAUGGAAAUGACACAUCACAUUCUUAACAACAUACCAAAGGUUGACGAUUCAAGUGAAACACAAGAAUUUUGUGAGAAAUGCGUUGCAGUCAAUCCACUUGAUUCGAAAAAUGUUAAAAAUAAAAUUGUAUUCAGCACCGGUUGUAAGAGCGCUCGUUGUAUUGCCGAUUUGAAAAUUACAAGCUCAUUGGAAAAUGUUCCAAGUUUGCCUUACGUUUUGGGAAGUAGCCAAUCAAUUAACAUUGUUUAUAAGAUAGAAAAUAGCGGCGAGACUGCUUAUUUGGCCCAAAUCCGUAUAACAUUACCAGAAUCGGUUCUGUUUUCAAAAAUUCCAUCAAAUUGUAAAUUUGAUGAAAAUGCUCCAAAUUCGAAUAUAAUGGAAUGUGAUCUGAACAACGGCAGUCCAAUGUUCAAAGGAGAUAAAACUUCAAUCAAAAUGGGCAUUGAUACAACGAAACUAGAUGGCAAUGAGCUGAUUGUGAAAGCCAAAGUUUACAGCACAGGUGAUGAAUUGAACGACCUAGAUAAUAUUGUAGAGAAUUUGAUUCCGUUGAAAACAUUUAACAACAUGGAAGUGAUUGGCGAUUCAAUCAAAAGUCGUUUAACUCUGGAAAGUGGAGUAUUAAUGGAAAAUCUAACACAUAUAUUCGAGAUACGUAAUAAUGGUCCAAGUAAUAUAAAAUCGUUGGAUAUUUUGGUGUCAUUACCUGUAUCACAUAUAAAUCCGUGGACAUUGGAGAGGGAGCGUCUGAUCGACCUUAGCAGUGUAUCGAUUAAAAGCAUGUACAAUGGCAAACAAUUCAAUGUGGAAUGGACUCAAAAUAAUACGAUUUUAAUAUUGGAUGCAACUGAAUCGUCGACAUCAUCAUCAUCAUCGAAUACACCAGUUGAAGAUAACAAUGGAAUGCAAUUUGAUGCAUCAAAAUAUGGUCAGGAGUAUGACUUAAGUGGUGGUCAAUCGGGCAAUAGUCAAAUUGAUGACUUUAUUGGUGAUCGAAAACGGAGAUCAACUGAAAAUGUGCACAGUGCAUAUUUCAAUCCAUAUUUGCAGCGCAUCAUUGAAACGGAUGCAGCAAGUUCAAAUAUAAUGGCUUGGGAUGAUACAAAUUUCAUUGAAAAUCGACACAAAAGAGAUAUAUUCAGUACAAAUGAUCGAAUCCUAUCGAAUUUACCAUCGAAUCGAACAAUUUAUUUUGAUUGCAAAAAUGCUGAACAGGAACUAUGCUUACAGGGCAAAUUCACAGUGAACAAUAUUAAAGCCGACGACCAACCCAUUUUGAUUACGUUGAAUUUCACGAUUGAUUUGACGAAAGUAGCCAAUAUUAUGACAGAGAAACGUGACGUGUUUGUUAUUAGAACAUCGGUCGACCUGAUGAAAACGUCUGAUGAAGAAGACACGUCAUCACUGAAUGUCAUUCAAAAUCAACCGUUUACGAUCAUUUCCAAGUAUGUAAUAACUUCAACACCGUUAUGGGUCUAUAUCCUUUCAACGCUUGUUGGCAUUUUAUCAUUGAUUCUCAUCUCGUAUGCACUGCACAGAUUUGGAUUCUUUAAACGUGGCAAACGAGAAGAAUUGGUUCAGCUCAAGCGUCAAAGUCAAAAUCAAUCUUAUUAUCCACCUGAUGAUGAUCAGUUCUAAAUAUAUCAGAUGUACAAAGCAUGCCCAACAGAGUUCCUCCUCCUGGUCAGUUAAGUUUCCAUUCCAAAGCAACGAGUUCAAGUAUUAUUCAUUCCAAACAUUGUGUGAUCGAAUUAGUUUUAGCAUACUUAAAUAUUAAUUUAAUUGAUCAUCAUCAUUUGUGGACUAUGUGUCCAAGUUGUAUCAAAUCUAAAAGUAUUUUAAUAUUCUCAUGAUUUCACUUAAAAAUUAAUUUAUGUCAUUGUAUUCGACGAACGAGGUUGAAAGACUAAAGGUUGAGUUUAGAAAUGCUUUAAAAUGAAUCUAGUCGGUCGCUUAUCAAUAUAUCCUGCAUUCGUAAAAAUAGCGAUAUGUGCAUUUCUUAUCGAGUUUGCUUGUUGCUCACUUGUGACCGUAUCUAUUGUUUUUCAAUGCAUUUAAUAAAAUGAAACGAUUUUUUUUUAUUUAACA